AUGCGGCGUACAUGGAAAUUCGCGUACAAUCGCGCGAAGCAGCUGAAUGCUUAUUGUCGCGCUUAUCGUCGAAAACUGCUCUCUCAGCUAGAGGCCUCCGUAGUUCCCGCGAAAAAUCAGCGUACUAAAUAUGAGGAAAAGCAUGACGCGUCUUCUACUGCAAGUGUCUCCGGUCACAGUAUUGAUGACGAGUUUCCGGAAGAGACACGAACAACAACAAGUGUGUCCACCGAUCGACGUCCAUCCACUCUUGCUUCGAGAAAAGUGAAAAACUCCGAGGAUCUGAUUCUGAUGAAGCAGAUCGAGAGAGAUGCCAAUUACACCUAUCACGUGAGUUCCAAGGCUCAUCCUGACAUUGUUAUGGAUUUGCAACUGUUCCGAGAGACAGUGUUUCGUCGUAUUCUGGCUGAGAAAGAUGCGCAACGGUCGUGCAGCGAUACUGGCUUCCAGACAGACGAUGAAAGUUUCGAGACCAUCGACAUUCGUUAG